AUGAAUAAUUCAGUCACAACAUCCACACUCCCAGCAUCAAAUUUAACAAUGGUGUCAUCCGACUUUAACCGAACAGAAGUGGAAAAUUUUCAGUUUCCUGAUGAUGAAGUGCCUAAGCCACCAGUUCUCAUUGUGAAACCUGUUUACUGUCAAUCACUUCCAGGACAGUUCAUCCUUAGGUGUUAUCGUCGUGAAAUACACUUCACAUGGAUACCUCCAGAUGAUAAAAUCUCCAAGGCAAUGGUAAAAUUUCGUGAAAUAUCAGUUCAUUUUGACCAGCCCAAGUUCACAACAAUGUCUGAUUACGGAUGGGGACAUUCUGGAGUUAAAUUUCGUAAUCACACCAUUGCUUCGCUAAAACCUAAUCAUUUAUACGAAUUUGGACUAAAUUUGAUCUAUGAAAAUAGUACAUUCGAUCGAUUCCCGAAAAUUGGAUCAAAAGAUAUAUGCGCAUGCAAAACACACCCUGAUGUACCUGAUAUACCGUUGGACCUGCGAUAUCACUAUGUCCAAGGAAAUCAGUAUACUCUAGAAUGGACACCGAACAAUGAUAACGGAGAAGCAAUAUUCACAUACAGUAUGAAAUCAAUGCCGACUGCAUCAAGUAAUACUGAACGCCCCAAAUGGAACACAAUUACACCAUAUAAUUUAACAGAUAAGCAAGCCAAUAUCACACUGGAUACAAAUCACCAGAGUGCAUUUCAGUUGAGAGCUGUCAAUAAGAUUGGAAUGAGUGACCCUGCUUAUUUAAUUAUAAGGCCACCAUUUCAAAAAGUUCCAGAUAAGGGUUAUUCAUCAUUAUUUCAGCCUCUUAAUCAAGUAACCAGUUUGCUGACCUAUAGUCUCCUUUCAGUUGCCCUACUACUUUUAUUCCUGUUCCUAAUUGUAUUGCUGAUUUACCGACGUAGGCAUAAAGAUGGAAAAUCUAACAAACACUCGUUUUUCAUCAACUUCAAUCCAGCCAGACGUCUGCAUUCAAGCAGUGGAAAUGGUUCAUCUAUACUUGGCCUAGGUAGUGAUUUAACAACGAGUGGUUUACCACUUGAUUUAGCUACACUGGAGCCAUUAUGGAAUCAAGAAGUCAACUCACUCUAUGGCAUUAGCAAGCCUGAUCUUAAUAAUUUUGAACAAGUUCCACAAAUACCAGCAGCAAAUAUACGUUUUCUACGUUAUAUUGGAUGUGGAGCAUUUGGCAAAGUAUGGGAAGGUUGGCUCCAUGUACGUGAUGCGGAUGGAGAACGUUUUGAAAAAGUCGCACUCAAAGUAAGAAACUGUAAGUCUUUGACCGAAGCUGAAUUCAAACGUGAAGCGACUCUAAUGCACAAGUAUCAACACACAAACAUUGUACGAUUCUUUGGCGUUUCAUUCGAUUCACCGGGACAGCAAUGUCUAGUCCUAGAAAUGAUGGAUCAAGGCAACUUAAGAGAUUAUCUUCACAGGUCACGGCCCAGAAUAGCACCCGAUAUAGCAGCUAACGUUUUUGCAGCUGCAGCUAUUUGUGCAGCUGCUGGAAAAACCGGAGGAUCUGAUGGCUCUUCAAUGAACACAAGUAUGACUAGCACAGCAGCCGGCGGUGGAACACCGAGUGCUUCAAAUGUUAUCACAUUAACCGCACAACUUGACUUACCAGCAUUGGUUGCAAUAAUGAAAGAUAUAUGCAGCGGGUGCCGGUACCUUGAGGAGCAACAUUUUGUCCAUAGAGAUAUCGCUGCAAGGAAUUGUUUGGUUAGUCAUAACCAUUCAAGUGGACGUACGGUUAAACUGUGUGAUUUUGGAUUGGCACGAGAUAUAUAUAAAAACGAUUACUAUCGUAAACGCAACGAACCUAAAUUACCUGUGCGGUGGAUGUCACCCGAAGCGAUUCGUGAUGGUUUAUUUACAACAAAAUCUGAUGUUUGGGCAUAUGCCGUUACCUGUUGGGAAGUUUUAACUCUGGGGGCUGAUCCAUUUUAUGGUCGAGCGAAUGUCGAUGUUAUGAACCUUGUGAUUGGUGGACAUGUGUUGGGACGUCCAGAAAAAUUGUCCAGAAGAACUUUAUAA